ACGCACGUAGUUCGACUCGCAGCAGGAAGGACGGGAGGUAGCUAACCAGCCUUUCGGCUCUCAGUACGACUUUAGCCGGAGUUCCGUGCACUUUAAUUGUCUGCAAACCCACUACCCCCGAAGUAGCUCCCCAUCUACCUGGACAAAGUACACCAUGGCGACCCCAUUGACGGACUUCGAGAAGAGGAAGCAGAUCAGUGUGCGGGGAAUCGCAGAGCUCGGGGACGUGGUGGAGUUGAAGAAAGGCUUCAACAGGCAUCUACAUUUCACUCUGGUCAAGGACAGGAACGUCGCAACCCCCCGGGAUUACUACUUUGCCCUGGCUCAUACCAUCCGCGACCACUUGGUGGGUCGCUGGAUCCGUACCCAGCAGUAUUACUACGAGAAGGAUCCGAAGCGUAUAUACUACUUAUCUCUGGAGUUCUACAUGGGCCGGACCUUGCAGAAUACUAUGGUGAACCUGGGAAUGGAGAAUGCCACAGAUGAGGCCAUAUAUCAGUUGGGUCUAGAUAUUGAAGAGCUGGAGGAAAUUGAAGAGGAUGCUGGACUGGGCAAUGGAGGUCUAGGUCGACUGGCAGCUUGUUUCCUUGAUUCAUUGGCCACACUAGGUUUAGCUGCCUAUGGCUACGGGAUUCGCUAUGAAUUUGGAAUCUUCAAUCAGAAGAUUCAUAAUGGUUGGCAGGUAGAAGAAGCGGAUGAUUGGCUGCGCUAUGGUAACCCUUGGGAAAAGGCUCGCCCAGAAUACAUGCUCCCUGUUCACUUCUAUGGACGGGUGGAACUUGGCCCUGAUGGUGCUAAGUGGGUUGACACUCAGGUUGUCUUGGCUAUGCCCUACGACACUCCAGUGCCGGGAUUCAAGAACAAUACUGUCAACACCAUGAGACUGUGGUCUGCUAAGGCUCCCAAUGAUUUCAACCUGAAAGACUUUAAUACUGGUGACUAUAUCCAGGCUGUGCUGGAUCGAAACCUGGCUGAGAAUAUAUCCAGAGUCCUGUACCCCAAUGACAAUUUCUUUGAAGGGAAGGAGCUCCGCUUAAAGCAAGAAUACUUUGUGGUAGCUGCCACACUUCAGGACAUCAUCCGCCGCUUCAAGUCUUCAAAGUUUGGUUGCCGAGAUCCAGUCCGAACCUCAUUUGAAACAUUCCCAGAAAAGGUGGCCAUUCAGCUCAAUGACACCCACCCUGCGCUUGCUAUUCCUGAGCUGAUGAGAAUUUUCGUGGAUGUGGAGAAGUUAGACUGGGACAAGGCUUGGGAUAUAACAGUACAGACCUGUGCUUAUACCAACCACACGGUGCUGCCCGAGGCUCUGGAACGCUGGCCGGUGCAGAUGUUUGAGCGACUUCUCCCAAGGCACCUGCAGCUCAUCUAUGAAAUCAACCAGCGCCAUUUAGACAACAUUGCCGCUCGGUAUCCUGGUGACAUGGACCGUCUGAAACGCAUGUCGCUGAUCGAGGAGGGAGAUCCCAAGAGGAUCAACAUGGCACACCUAAGCGUUGUUGGGUCCCAUGCGGUUAACGGCGUUGCACAAAUUCACUCAGAAAUUGUGAAGAGCACAGUUUUUAAGGAUUUCUAUGAAAUUGAGCCAGCAAAGUUCCAGAAUAAGACAAAUGGGAUCACUCCAAGACGUUGGCUACUGUUAUGUAACCCAGGUCUUGCAGACAUCAUUGCCGAGAGAAUUGGAGAGGGUUUCAUCACUGAUCUGCACCAGCUGAAGAAAUUGCUGGCCUUCGUCGACAACGAAGCUUUCAUUCGAGAUGUGGCCAAUGUGAAACAGGAGAACAAACUGAAAUUUGCGGCUUAUUUAGAGAAAGAGUACAAGCUGAAGAUCAAUCCUUCCUCCAUCUUUGACGUCCAUGUCAAGCGGAUCCAUGAGUACAAGAGGCAGCUACUGAACUGUUUGCACGUUAUUACUCUCUACAACCGCAUCAAAAAAGAACCGAACAAACCCUUUGUGCCAAGGACAGUACUGAUUGGAGGAAAGGCGGCACCAGGCUAUCACAUGGCCAAGAUGAUCAUCAAACUCAUCACUUCAGUGGGAAAUGUUGUCAACAAUGACCCCAUAGUGGGUGACAGGUUGAAGGUCAUCUUCCUGGAGAAUUACCGGGUGUCUCUGGCUGAGAAAGUGAUCCCUGCGUCAGAUUUGUCCGAACAGAUUUCAACAGCUGGCACAGAGGCUUCAGGAACAGGCAACAUGAAGUUCAUGUUGAACGGAGCACUGACGAUAGGAACCAUGGAUGGCGCUAAUGUCGAGAUGGCAGAGGAGGCGGGAGAGGAGAAUCUCUUCAUCUUCGGCAUGAGAGUGGAGGAUGUCGAGGCGCUUGAUAAAAAGGGAUACAAUGCCAGAGAAUAUUACGACAAGCUGCCAGAGCUAAGACAGGCUGUGGAUCAGAUCAGCAAUGGAUACUAUUCCAUGAAAGAACCAGAGCUGUUUAAGGACGUGGUAAACAUGCUGAUGCAUCAUGAUAGAUUUAAAGUGUUUGCUGACUUUGAAGCGUAUAUCAAAUCCCAAGAGAAAGUUAGUGAGCUGUACAAGAAUUCAAAGGAUUGGACCAAGAUGGUAAUAAAAAACAUUGCAAAUGCUGGCAAAUUCUCGAGUGAUAGAACAAUCAAAGAGUAUGCCAGAGAGAUUUGGGGGGUGGAGCCCUCUGAUGUAAAGAUUCCCCCUCCAAAUGAACCCAAAUCUUAGUAUGUGCCUCUUGUUUAUGAAGAUGGGUGGUGUGUGCAAUCUAGGCUCUUGUGGUUCCCCCCGCCCCUGUUUAUCAUGGGAAUCACCUUGCUUUUGUUUGUCUUUUAUAAAAUACAACUGUUGUGCACCUUGUUAAAACAUGAGUUUCAGCAGAGGAAUGUUUGAGGUUGUGAUUUUUGUUACUGGAAUGGUUUUUAAGUGUAGAUUUCUAUAAUAAGGAUGAAUCUUAUUAUUCAAGAAAGGAUUGCCUCUUCCUAAUUUUUCCUUUGCACUGAACACAUUGUCAUUUGUGGGUGGAAAGCAGGAGAUUUUAAAAAUCCAUUAAAACAUUCUCAUCACAACUAUGCACAAAGAGACUUUUGUCAUUCAUUUGCUGGAUUUGCAGUUAAAAAGUUUCUAGGAAGAUAAUAGAAACAAAUUAACAUAGAACAUUACAGUGCAGUUCAGACCCUUUGACCCACAUUUCCCCCUAUAAAGAACUUGCCUCUGAUAUCCCCCUGUAUUCCCUCCAAUCAUCUAGAUGUAAUUUUAACAAAAAAAGUGCAAAACAAAAACUGAAUACUUUGGAAAUUUGAAUUAAAAAAGAAGAUGUUCAGAUUACACUGCAGGAAAGGCAGCAUCUGAGAAAGUGAUCUGACUUCAGAAUUGGAGCUAGGGCGGGGAGAGGGAAUGAAUGGCAUGAUACUUAAAGGCAAUAAAAUAAAUGUCAUUCUGUGAAUGGUGUAAAUGGAAAAUAGCAGACCCAUUGUCCUUGAACUUCAUGCACCAAGCUGGCAGCUUGUUAAGUGCUAGGUCCAAAAAGAUGGUAUGUCUUCCCUCAGCUUGUUACAUGGCACUAUUAUAGAGAUAAUCAUGUGAAAUAUAGUGGCUGGGAUUUUACUGACCAUCCUAGGCAAUGCCUGUACCUACAGAAUCCCCUCUGUACCUCAGGCUGUGAUGCCAUCCCUGUUUACAGCACUUUUUCAAAUACAAACAUAGAAAUUACAAAUCCAAGAAAUUUGAGUCUGAAUAAUUUCUCUCAUUAUAAUAUCUGAUUCAGUGAUGCUUUUUGAGGGGAAAUCUACUGUACUAAUUCCAGUUGACUGAUCUUAGACUUAAGGCACAUAGUCAUAGAACACUGCAACACAGAAACAGGACCUUUGGCCCAUCUAGUCUGUGCUGAACCAUUAAUCAGCCUAGUCCCAUUGACUUGCACCCGGGCCAUAGCCGUCAUCCUUGUAUUGAUUCAAAUUUCUCUUCAAUGUUGAAUUUGAAACUGCAUUCUCCACUUCUGCCGGCAGUUUGUUCCACAUUCUCAUCACCCUGAGUGAAGUUAUCCCUUGUCUUCCCCUUAAUCAUUUCAUUUUUCAUCCUUAACCCAUCAUCUCUAGUUCUAGUCUUGUCCAACCUCAGUAGAAAAAGCCUCCUUGCAUUUACCAUACUUUUACCCCUCAAUUAAGCAUAUCUCUAUCAAUUCUUCUCGGCUCUAGAAUCUAGAGAAUACAGUUCAACCUUUCUGUAACUCAGGUUCUUAAGUCUUGACAACAUUGUUGUAAAUUUUGUCUGCACUCUCAAUCUUAUGGCUAUCUUUCCUUUAGGUAGGUGACCAGAACUGCACACAAUACUCCAAACUAAGCCUCACCAAUAUCUUAUACAAUUUUAACAUCACAACACCUGUACUCAAUACUUUGAUUUAUGAAAGCAAAUGUGCCAAAAGUGCUCUUACACCUACCUAUGAUAUGCUCGUCUUUCUUGUCUUCUGGAAGGACCAAAAAGCCUCAGUUUGGUGUCUGUUAUGGAGAGGCAACAACUAGAGUAAUUCAAAUCCUGUUACUGUCAAUGCCAGUGAGGAAUCCAGUGAUCUUCGCAACCAAUGAAGAAAAAACUUAAAUUCAGAUGUACUGCACGUAUCUGCCACUAGAUGGCAGUGCAGUCACAUUUGUUAUAAAGCUGGAGAUGAAAAAAAACUGUAGAUGCAUGUAAUUUGAAAUAAAAACAGGUGGUGUUAAAACAGCAGCCCGGAUACAUCUAUGGUAAAAGAAAGUGGAAAACCAGAGUGGACAGGAGAAACCCACAUGGCCACAUUACAAAUGUAUAUGUCUUACAAAAUGACUAGCUUUAGUUGUCACAUGUACAUCGAAACAUCAGUGAAAGGAAUUGUUUUGCGACCACAAAUAGCACAGUUUGAGGAUUAUACUGUGGGCAAUUCUGUAAGUAGUGCUACACUUUUGACACCAACAUAGCAUACUCACUAACCCAAACUCUUUAUCUUUGGAAUUUUGGAGGAAACCCACACAGAUAUAGGGAGAAUGUACUAACUCCUUAUGGACAGCAGUAGGAAAUGAACCCAGAUCAGUGAUGGCUGGCGCUAUAAACAGAUGCACUAACCACUAUGAUACUGUGCAUGGGCAGCUCCAAGGUUGGGAUUGAAGCUAGAUCCCUGGAAGUCUAAGAUAGGAUGCCAACUGGGUACUGUGCACCUAUUCUACUGCUAUGAAUACGGAACCUGGGUGGGCCUCAAUCACUUCUGAAUCUUGCUCCUUCAUUCCUUUCCUAAUUUUACCAUAGUGAUUUUUCAAAAAGAAUUGAACAUACACCAACUUUCACUGCCAUUCAUUUAGCUCAGACCACCUUUGCUGUGUCAAAACCUCAAUAUCCUCUGGUUUCACUUAGAUUCCAGUCAGGCAAUUGAGACAGAGUGGUGAGAUCAGCUGGGUUCAGGUCUGCAAUGUUCCCAGGCACCAGACAAGUAAAUUUUAGUACAUUAAGCUAGGAUGAGGUGCCUUGUUCUUGCCCCACACCCCUGCAUAUCCCUUGAAUUGUAAUAGGGGUAUCUUGUCUGAAGAUAAAUUCUUCUUGUCUUCCAUUUAAAUGAACCAGCUGCCUGCUGAAUGGACCCUUUCAGUUUAAAACUGAGUUCCAAGUGAAGCAGAGGGGGAUUGGUAUAUACUCCAGGAACACAGAGAUCCACUCACUGCCUCCUCAGAACUGUAUUUUACACUUUUUCAUUAAAAAUGCUUUGUUUUUAAUAUGUCAGAUAUUCACCUAAAUUUCAU